GAGUCGCAUCCGAUACAAGUGACGUAAAUACACGCUUAUAGCACGUGGAAAGGAUAUGCAUUGGAGGGUAUACGCAUGUGAUGCAUGCAAUAUCAUUGUGUUCGGCGACCAUUACUUUACCAUCAUCGUAGACAUCAACUGACAACGAAAGGGAAAUUUUAUAAUAAAUAAUUAUAUAAAAUGGAAAAGGUAAAAAUGACGGAGCAUGAUUCAUAUUCAACAGAAGAUGACGAUUCUUUAAACAUUGCUUCAAAAUGUUGGGAACGUAUUACGGAUGCUGCUAUCAAGACUGGUUACAGAGAAGGAAUACAGGACGGAGCAGACUCUAUAUUACAAGAAGGAUUUGAUUUAGGUUAUAAAGAUGGUUUUGAGACAGCUUUUAAAUUGGGAAAAUAUAAAAGUCUAGCUACUAUUUUAACACCUACUUUAAAACAUCCUACAGAUAUAGCCACAGUUUUAGAUAAAACUAGACGAGGUGCGUGUUGGAUAUGUAUUAUGGAAUCACAAAACAAAAUUGGCAAUAUACAUGAGAAUGUUCAAUUUUCUGAAAUCUUAAAUAAUCAGAGAAUACAUUCUGCAGCAGUUAUAAGUAGGCUACAUGAAUAUUUUGAACCAAUCUUAAAUGAAUCUAGUAUCGAGACAAAUUAAUUUUUGAAGUAGACAGAUUCUAACAUAAUAAAAUUUGUGUAAAAAU